AUGCCCGCCGGCACAAUGUUUGCCAAAUUCAAGAGCACCAACGUGGCCGCCUCCACAGCCACUCAAGCAGUCGCCGAUGGCAAUCCCAUUACGCAGUACUUCGAAAUCGGCAAACCGGUGGCCUGUGCCGGCCCAGAAUUGGUGUGGCGCAUCCAUGAUGCGUACCGCAAGAGCGACAACAAGGAAUGUUCGGUGUUUAUAUUCGAGAAGAAAAUUGCGGAGAAGCUGCACAAGCCGCGUCGCAAGGAGACCAUAACGGAGCUGCUAAAGAGUUCGGUGAAGACACUGGAGCGCUUCCGUCAUCCGCGGAUACUACAAAUCUAUCACACGGUCGAGGAGAGUGCGGAUACGCUGGCCUUUGCCUCGGAGCCCAUCUUCGCCAGCCUCUCGAAUGUCCUGGCCUUUCACGAGUCGAAAACCUAUGAGGCAACCAAUGUGGCGCCGGCGGCGGGUGGAGCAGCUGCGUCCCAGGCGCAGGCGGCGGCAAACACCUUGCCCCAGCGACCGGCCCAUGCCAAGGAAUACAAUUUCUUGGACAUGGAGCUGAAGUAUGGCUUUCUCCAGCUGACCGAGGCACUGGCGUAUCUGCACUAUUCCGGUCACGUAAUUCAUCGCAAUGUGUGUCCAUCUUCUAUACUAAUAACCAAGCGCGGCAUCUGGAAACUGGCCGGCAUGGAAUAUGUGGAGCGAAUGAACGAGAACGAUUUGAACAGCUCCAUUCCGUGUCCGCCGUGGAGCAAUCGGGUGUCCAAGAUGGCCCAGCCGAAUCUCGACUUUAUGGCUCCCGAAACUCAGUCAACGUCCAAGUGCAGCUUGCUAAGCGAUAUGUUCUCGCUGGGAAUGGUGAUCUGUGCGGUCUUCAACAACGGAAGACCACUGAUACAGGCCGGCAACUCCACCUCCAACUAUGCCAAGCAAAUGGAAACGCUGGAUGAUCUGGUCCACAAGCUGAUGCCCAGACUGCCAAUUGCCCUGCAGGAGGCCACUUCGCGCAUGGCCAGUCGAGAUGCAACCGCCAGACCGACCGCCCAGCUGCUGCAGCUCAUCAAGUACUUCAUCGAUACGCCCAUAAACGCUCUGAAAUUCCUGGACGUGGUCAACAUGAAGGACACGCAGCAGAAGUCCCAGUUCUACAAGACCACCUUGAUCGAGGCCAUGCCGAUGAUACCACGUAAACUCUGGUGGCAGAACAUCUGGCCCAUGCUCAAGUCCGAGAUCAACAAUAACGAGGUCCUGGCCGCAGUCCUGCAGCCGGUCAUGCUCUUUGUCCAGGAAGCCACGCUCACGGAGUACGACACCCUCAUGGCGGCCACCAUGAAAGUCAUCUACAAUACACCGAAAUCCAUUCAGGCCAGCGUCACAAUACUUGAGAAUUUGCAUUUGAUUAUCGAGAAGACGAAACCGGAGGAUGUCACCACAGAUAUAAUGCCCAUGUUGUUCUACUCCUUCGACGGCUCCACGAUACAAGUGCAGAGCGCCGCCGUGGUGGCCGUGGCCAAUGUGUUUGAUAGCAUCGACGAGCUCUCCAUACGCCGCAUGGUGCUGCCCAAGGUGAAGCAGGUGUUCGAGAAGAACAUCACCGAUCCGAAGAUUGUGCAGAACGUGCUGAUGUGCAUCGAGCGGGUCAUGGACCGCAUGGAGCGGGCACAGGUUAUGGAUGAGGUUCUGCCGCUGCUGGCGAACAUUCGCAUUCCCGAUCCCGAUAUCAUCAUGCGUACUGUGCGCAUCUACCAUAAACUGUUUGUGGACAAAACCUACGGACUGACCGUGGAGACGAUGGCCACCAAUGUGCUGCCCCUGCUCAUUCCGCACACGGUGAAUCCCUCACUCAAUUUCGAGCAAUAUUGCUACCUUCUGGAGGUGCUGCAGCAAAUGCUGGAGGCCAUCGAUCGGCAGCAGAGGAACAAGUUGAAGCUGGACAACCUGUCGAUGGCCUCGCCGGAACGCCACCGCACCCUGCGUCACCAGUUCUCCACGGACAACAUGAAUGCGCCACCCUUCAACAUUCCCAACUUGCGCAUAGAUCAACGCAAGACGUCCAGCGCCGAGGACAUGGCCCGCAAAAAUUCUGGCGGCUCCGGCAUGCUGGGCGGCUGGUGGUUCGGCUGCUCUCCCUCGUCGCCCGACAGCAAUUUCCUGCGCGUGGGCAACGUGUUCCCCAACCGGCGACUGUCGGACAACACGCUGAUGACCCCCAAGAUCCGGAUAGCUCCGUCGUGCGCCUCCUCGCCGGGCGGCACUCCUGGCAGCGGGCUGCCGACUCGACGCCACUCGAGCAUUGGGCCCCAGGAGCGGCGGGGAUCCACCAUCAAUUUGUCACCGCCAACUUACGGUGCUCGCGGUAGCUCUGGAUCGAGUCUAUCGGUGCCAUCCACCUCGGUCUAUGUUAAAUCUCCUUUAUUGUACUCCCAAAAACAGGGUGGCUCCAUGCCGAACACCUCCAGCAGUGUGCCAUUCCUGCUAUCAUCCAGCAUGCAGUCGAUAAGGUCGCGCCGCCAGUCCACCGUCCUGUCAUCGGGUCCACUCGGCUCCGGAUCGGGGCUACUGCAGCAGCUGGGAUCCGGCAUGUAUCAACUAUUCUCCGGACGUAACUAAAGAUACAGAAACGCAAUCAGAUAAAUACAUUCAAUAGAAUCCAAUUACUUUUUAAUGCAAUUUCGGUCCAUUUAUGAAACACCAGUAAUCAACUUAUAUUAGCGGCAUAAAUACUAUACAAAUAUGAAAUUAUGAAAAUUGUAAACGUAUACCAAGCGCCAAGCAUAACUAAGUAUUUUCAGUCGAAUCUCUAAAUGUUGUUAGCCAAUCAAAUUUGAUGUGACCAAAACAACAUAUUAAUCCCAAAUUAAUUGUAAUUUAUCAAAAACAAAAGUGUCAAACACAACCCAACAAUCACCAAAAAUACACAAUCCAGUUAAAAGAAAACACAUGAACACUAUGCAGAAUGCAAUCAAUUCCUAGAAAUCCUAACUAUUCUUGAAUAUAUUUAUUGUGAAUGUUUACGCUAGACAAAACAAAAAACAUGUCAAAUAUACCUCUACGUGUCACUGAACUCGCCUAUAUCAUACGAAAACACUCACUUAGUUUGAACCAUAUAACAAUUCAAGGGAAAAAGAAGCAAGCAUAUAUUGUGUAUUUAUUUUGCAAACAUCAAUCAGAACGCUAUUUCAAUGAUAUAUAUGCAAUCAAAUAAGAGAGAGAGAAUCGUGUACCUACAUACAUCGUACCUAGCACCAUAGAAAUCAAACUUAUCACAGAGCUUUACAGCAAACGCAAUCAAAACCAAAACCUAAUGAAUAUGAAUAACCUCGAAUACGAAAGGGACGUUUAUUUUUAGCCAAGAACCUCGGGAGUUCCCGCCUGCGCUUUAUAGUGAUGAAUCCCACAUAAAUAUAUGUAUAUCUCCACCCAUCAUCCAAUCCAUCAAUAUAUAUACACACUCUGAUCAACCGGAAUAAAUAAUUAACUCCAAAUACACGCAAAACUACUACUAAGGUGAAUACACGAAUCCAACCCAAGGUCCACCGAUCCAAUGUCCACCGAUCCGUAAUAGAACCAGAACCAGUAAUUACUGAAGCCGCUGUUCCCGAAUGCAAUCUCAAACUCAAACUCAAAACUCAAUCUCACAUUUAUAGUCAAUUUGUAUAGUUGGGCAGCUAUAUGCGUAAAAGUGUGGUAAAUGGUAAAUGGUAAUGGUAAACUCUUGAAACUAUGUAUGGUGAAGACUCACCUAUGUCUUAGAUGUAUUCAUUACGUAAAGGGCAAUUAAAGCGAUUAUUAUUGUUGUGCUAUGUUUAGCGGUGUAGAAGUGAAAACCGAAAAUAUAUGAAUUUAUAUAUGUAUACAAGCAAAAGCAGGACGAACUCUACCUAGGACACGAUAAAACCUACUUUACUACAUCAUAUGAUAUAUGUAUGUAUAUUCUGUGCUCUGAAACACACGAACGGGAACGGGACAAUCAAAAUUCAACCGACACUAAUUACUAAUUCUAUAUCAACUAACAAACAAUUACAAUUACAAUUUUAAGUUAUAUACGUUGUUGUCGUUGUGUUCGUUUGAUUUGUUGGAUCUGCAUUUGGUUAUUGCCAGCUAAUCUGAUCCUGAAACUCCAGCAUAUCCUUGCCAUGCACCUGAAACUGCUUUGCAUUUUGUUUGGUCAGAAUUUGUUGUUGAUUUCAUCUUAGACAAGCAUAUCGAUAUGGUUUACUAGCGUUUAAUUGUACGUAUACAUAAUUAGAUUUACUUAAUUUUAAUUAAUGUUUACGUGACAAGACAGAAAACUAAACCAAAAACACAAAAAACGCAAAAAAAAAAACCAAAAAAAUUAAAAACAAAAUCAAACAAAAAGGGGAAAACCAAAAGCUCAAACUGGACUGAACUGAACAUUUAAGAGUUAUAUUAUGUACAUUAUUGAAUUGCAUUUGAUUGUGUGAAGAUCGUUUUAGUGAGAGUAACUGCGGUUAAACUUAAAGGGUAUUAUAUUUGUAUUCGAAUUUGUAUGUAACUCUGAUCGUAUGUACGUUAUGUUAUCGUAAGUGUACCAUCCUAGAUCCUCUAACGAAUUGAAAAUGAAGCCAACUCUGUCUCUUGUGAUUCUAUUGUGAUGCUGAGUGAUGGGAGUCAAGCAGCACUCAACUGUUUUUAUGCCUCUUAAAGUUUAAAACAAAGCUAAUCGAAGCAAAACCAAAACUAAACUACCUAUCU